UCUGAACCACUAUAACAACUAUAUAGUUAAAGCGUGGAGUUCUAUAAGGAUGAACCUGAGGGGAUCAGACUCACUCUGGUCCGGAAUAGAAUUGUUUUUUAUUACAGCAUAUUGCAAGGAAAAUAUUACUCAACAAUAGGAAGUGAAAUUAAACAGUUUUGGGAGAUGUUGUUCAUACAUUGUAUAGUUAUCAACGACUAAGUAAGAGUUAAAGUUGAUCUUGGAAUUUUAAAAUUCCAACCGUUAACAAUUAUUGGUAAAUAACGGUCGAAAGUGAGAUAGUAGAACAAGGCAAAACUCUGAGCACCAAGCACCCUCAACAAGACAUUCAACACUUUUAUACAAGACAAUUUGAAAUUCAGUUUGCAAAACGAGAUUCCCAAAGAGCUGGAUGUGGAAAUCACAUCAUGACAGAGAGGUUUAUAAAAAACAACAUCUGAUCUGAUUAUUUUGAUUUUGACUAUAGAGGAGGGAAGCGUGACUGCAAACUAACACGUCACUGUUAACAUGCAUUGAAACAUUUGAAGGGAAUUUUACUGCAUGAUUCUUCAUUUGGAUUCAUUUUCGGGGAUGGAUCCACACUGUACUGUUAGCUGUCGGUAUUGAGGAAUGUUGACACCUAACAUGUACACUAACCGAUUUUCAACGCGGGUUUCAUUGGUUAAAUUGAUUAACAUCGUGAGUACAGAUACAAAUGAGUUGUGGCCAAUUUAAAUGUGCAAACCCUCUCUCCCCCUCCGUCACCUCCCCUUCUCUCUCUCUCCUAUGAGCUCUAAAGUUUAUUUAGAGGGCAAGCCCCCCGCGCGCGAGGGAGAGAGACAGCAGAGGGCUGGAGUCAUGAUCGGGCCAACAGGAGGGGAGUGAAUAGGUCCCGCACGCAGAGCAGAAAAGCGCUCAAACUGCAUGCGCAGGUUUACUUUGGUUCAGUCGGUCGUCCGCUGCAGCCAGACAGGAGGUGCGUGUUUGACAGCCAAAAGAAAUAUGGGACAUCCAUAUUAGUAACUGAAAGUUUCGUUUUGUUGUUUUUGGUCACUUGGUUACUUUUACGCUCCGUUUCUUCAGCUGAUGCUGAGAUGAAGCUCAGACUUUUAGCGCGUCUGGCGCAGUAAGGCAUCCACACACCGGGACGCACGGCGCAGCUCCUCAGAGAAACCCGGAGAGAGAGGGAGAGAAGGUCAACCUGGAGAUCUACUAAUGGAUUUAUUAUAAACUUUGAUUGCGUGAAAAAUAUUUGUUAAUAUACUUUUUUUGGGGGGGGUUUAUGUUUACUAAUGUGUAAAUCAACUCUCUCCUUGUGCGCAACGGAUGAGAUUCGAUCUAUUUUUUUUCCUGCUUUUCUGUGUUUUUGGAGGGGAUGUUCUGUAUCGCAGCACGGAUAACAGAUAACUGUCUUUCUUGGCACUAAUGAAGAAUCUCUCCAUGAUGUUACAGUCUCAUCGGCCCAGGUUUCAUUGGGCCACGGUACACUGCCAUCACUUCAUAUCACCACAUAGCUGGGGGUCCUGUUGUGUUUAGGAUUUACUAAACCUGCACCUUCUGCUGCCGACUCUGGACAAAAAAAAACAAAAAACGGAAUCUUACUAUUUAAGUGUCCCGGUGAAAAUUUGACAUUUGGCUCUAGGAGUCUCAUAUCUGGGCUACUAUGCAAUUACAACUGAUCUCCUUUGUUUUGAUCAUCUUGCACUGCAUGGAUUACACUGGUGGUCAGCAGCACAGCAGCUCCAGGCACCGGCAACAUAAACAGAUCUCUGGUGUGAGCUCAGGGUGUCAGCAGGGCGGCUGUCUGACCUGCUCCGACUACAAUGGCUGCCUGUCCUGCAAGCCACGCUUCUUCAUGCACUUGGAGAGAAAUGGGAUGAAGCAGAACGGGGUGUGCAUGACUUCCUGUCCGCUAGGCUUUUACGGCAUGCGCUCUCACGAAAGAAACACCUGUACAAAAUGCAGGUUGGAGUGUGACUCGUGCUUCGAUAAAAACUUCUGCACGCGCUGCCGACCGGGAUUCUACCUUCACCUGGGCAAGUGCCAGGAGAACUGCCCAGAUGGGCUGGUCCGCAGUGACGCACAGAGGGAGUGUGUUCAAAGAUGCCCUGCAGAGUGUGAGUUAUGUGUGAACAGCGAGACAUGUACACAGUGCCGCCCAGGCCUGUACCACCUCAGUGGGAGGUGCCACCAUGUCUGUCCAGAGGACUACGAGCCCAACGACAAACUCAUGGAGUGCACACCACAAGUGCACUGUGAAGUGGGUGAGUGGAGCGAAUGGAGCCCCUGUUUUUGGGCCGGUCGAACUUGUGGUUUCAAGCAUGGUCAGGAGACCCGUACAAGGCAGGUCCUCCAGUACCCGUCACCGUUUGGCAACCCGUGCCCCGAGAUCUCGGAGAUCAAAGAGUGCCAGGUCAAGAGGAAGAAGUGUCCAGGACGGAGGAAGAAUGAUCGAAAAGACAGGAGAAACCGCAACAACCGAAAAGAUAAGGAGAACCAAGAGGCACGACGAGAGAGGAAGAGGGAACGAGAGCGAGAGAGGGAGAGACACCCAGGUGACCGUGAAGACUCUGACUUCAGUAACAAAACAGAGCACAGGCGCCGCAGAGGCCACGACACAGAGCCAGUCUCCACUGAUGAUGACCUUGUACAGUGAGCUCCCUCUUGCCUCCAGACCUUCAUCCUACUACCCUCCUCUUGGUCAUCCUCCACCACCUAUACCUAUCGUUUGCCCACCUUGCCCCCUGUCUGCAGGGGAGUUGCUGCUACCUGUAUGAUUUGGACAUACUAAUUGUGCACAAAUGGGCUGGGACACAUUCAGCCGGAAGACUUGGGCCUCUCUGAACCUCAAGCAAAUGAUUUUCAUCUAACACUCAGACUUCUUUCCUUCCACCAAUGAGAAAGUAUUUCUGUUUAAAAGUGCUGGAGACACUGAUGAGACUGCUGUGGAGAUUGAAGAAGAAAAAGAACUGUGUCUCUGUGUAGAGGACAGGCACACACAGACUGAAAGACAUAGAAGUUACACUUCAUGCUUGUUGAUACGGUUAUUUAACAGUGCCCUGGUACAACAUCUAGGCUUUUGAAUGUAGAUUUUGCAAGAUUAUGUAGAACUAUUGUUCAUUACCGUUGUUUAAGAUUUAUUUUAUUUGGAGCAGAAUUUGUAAAGACAAAAUAAAAGUCAGUUUGCUCUCGCCAUUUUGUGACACCUUGAUAAUCACUGCAAAAAACAGCCUGCAUGGUUUCAAUCAAAAAACCAUUAACAUAUUUUGUAUGUGUUUGACAGACGCUGGUUUUAUUCAGAUACAUGAAAAAUGUUCUCUCUGUAACUUAACUCUAUGCUAUCAGUAAAAUUCCUUAACAAGGAACCAAAUGCACCUGUAUGUCAAUAAAACUAUAUUGGUUUGUACCUCUGUGUUAGUUUCCUUUUCAACCAUCUGCAGAAUUCAUCGCCUUUCUCAGUCGUUACUACAGGACAGGUAAGAAUUUUACAUAACAUUCCUCCAGCAGUACUGUCAAAAAAGCAGAAUGCAUAUAUAUUCAAACCAUUCUUCUGUCAAAUAUUUAUAAAUAAUCAAGAACCAAUGCAUAACAAAUCCUGUGAUUUGAGCUAAUAAGCUCGUCCCAUAGCUAGUUCAACUAGUUCAAUUACUUUUAAAAAUGUGCCAUUUUUUUUCAGGGUCAAGCUCUACUUUCAGUUUAAAUAAAACAAUUCAAUAGGUCAGUUUCCACUCUAGUGUUUCUAUAUUGCAAAGAAGACAAAAAGAAUCUGUUUUAAAUAUGACUCUUUUAUUGGUGGAGUGAAUAUUUUGCUCAUCAGUAACAUCUACUUGCAUCAACAGGUGUGACAGUAUUUCCUCAUUACAUGAAUAUGUAAAACUGACAUUU